UUCUCGGACUCUUCAUCGUUUAGAAAAAGAGAAAAGAAAAUGAGGAAAGUUUCCUUAGUAGUUUCCUUUGAUGUAUUUCUUCAUAUUUGUUCUUUUCAAAGAAUUCUUCUAUAUAUAUAUUUCACUAUCUUCGCAGUUUAAUCAUCUUGAUUUAAACCAAAUUCUUGAGUAAAUGGGGCAACAACAGUUUAAAGACGAGGUACUAUCUCAACAAGUUAGUCAGAACGAUGUCGAAGGUAUCAGAUCCCUUCGCCAUGAAGGUGCAGGACUCAAGUGGUCUGAUAAAGAAGGAAGAACGCCAUUAAUCUUAGCUUGUGCUAAAGCAAAGCUAUAUGAUGUAGCAGAAACUCUGCUCGAGUUGGGUUCCAAUGUCAAUGCUUAUCAUUCCGGUUGCAAUGCAGGGACUCCUCUGCACCAUGCUGCAAAAAGAGGUCUUGAAAACACGGUUAAGUUACUUCUUUCUCACGGUGCAAAUCCAUUGGCUUUGAAUGACGACUUUCAGACACCUCUCGAUGUUGCUAGGGAUAACGGUCACUGCGAUGUCGUACGCGCAAUCGAGAGUCACAUCUGCUUGUUCUCUGGCUGGAUGCGUCAAUUUUAUGGCACCAGCUUUCAGGAAUUAUUUUCUCCUCAGCUUCUUUCAAGAAGAGUAUGGGUAGUUAUCGUACCAACUAGUUCAGGAAACCCCGUAAAGCCUUUGAAGUUGGAGUUGGUUGUGUAUGCUAGUCUUCAGGAUGCACAACCCAUAACGGUGAUGCCUUUGUGGAAAGCCAAGUUGGAGGAGCCGAGAUCGGAUCAGUCCGAUGCUUCAGUGAUGAUUGUUGAUAACUCCUCAAAGCGCAAGAAGCAGAGAAGAAGGGGAUACAUUUCUCACGCGAGGCGUUGGGCCCAAGUUGACAGGCAAAUGCGCCUUAAGCUGGCAGCAGCGACCAAAGGUGACAUAAAACAGCUGAACUGGUUUUGUGAGGCAUGUAAAGGAACUCCACAGCCAAUGAAUCUUCCAGUGUUUCUGCAAACAACUGAAAAGAUCAUUUCCAAUGAGCUUACACCAUCAGUUCCUCUACUGAGAGCUGCGGUGGAAGUAGAAGACGGUUCUGUUCACUAUCCAUCAUUCCCGUCUACAAAAUUUGAGAGUAGAGAAGGUAGUGGAGGAUCUGGAGUGUGUGUGAUUUGUGUGGAUGCAUCAGCGGAAGCAGCAUGUGUCCCAUGUGGACAUGUCGCUGGAUGCAUUUCCUGCUUGAAAGAGAUCAAAAACAAGAAAUUGGCAUGUCCUAUAUGUCGUGCCAGCAUCGAUCAGGUCAUUAAGUUAUAUCAUGUUUAAACAAUAAAAAGAAGACAAAAUGUAUCACCUCAUCUCACCAUUCACGUCCCCGUCCACCGGCUUUGUUCACGACUCAUUUAUCGCUUUUGGGCUUUGUUGGUUUUGGGUUAUUGUUUGAUAUCUUCUUAUUUAAUUGAGUGCACGAUUGUCGUUGACAUCUAUUAUUGAAUAAAAUCCCUGGAUUUCUUCAGUUGA